CUUAAAACAAUUUGUUUUGGUCGGCUUUUAUUAAUCCAAAAUAGGCCUAAGUCCAAAAAUACUAACUCUUUCUUCUUUAUGGUUCUCUUCUCUUGAAUGAUAUUUGGCUGUCAGUGGUGGAAGUCCUAAGUUGUUUAAUCAUAAUAUAACUAUUUUGCAAUUAGAAAAAACAAGACAGCCUUUGGAUCAAAAAUGAAAGAAGAACUUUUGUCAUCAUGUAUUAAAAACUUCAUAACAAAGGCCACAAGUGAAAAUGUGAGACUUGAUGGAAGGCAUUUUGACGAAUUUCGAACUAUUGAAGUUCACUAUGGAAAAGAAUGGGGUUCAUGUCAAGUUUCAUUUGGAGAAACCAAAGUAUUGGCGAACGUGACCUGCGAUGUUCAGUUACCUAAGGCCACUCGUCCGAAUGAAGGUCUAUUACAUCUCAAUGUUGAACUGAGCCAGAUGGCAGCUGUUCACUUUGAGUCCGGCCCUCAGUCAGAUCUUAGCGUUCAUCUUAACCGUCUCCUUGAAAAGUUCUUCAAAGAGUCCAGAUGCGUGGAUUUGGAGUCAUUAUGUAUAGUGGCUGAAGAAAAGGUGUGGAACGUCCGGGUUGACAUCAACGUGUUAAACAGUGAUGGGAACCUGAUAGGCUGCUGCUCGGCUGCUGCGUUGGCAGCACUGAUGCAUUUCCGCCGCCCCGACUUCACUCUUUCAGGGGAACAAGUGAUCAUUCACAGCAACAUGGAGAGAGAUCCCCUUCCUAUCACCUUACACCACCAUCCCGUGGCGGUAGCGUUUGCCAUAUUCAACAACGGUGAUCAGGUGAUUGCCGACCCCACCAUGACGGAGGAGAGGGUUGCCCAGGCUCAGCUGGUGAUGGCUGUCAACAUGUACAGAGAGUUGUGCGGCCUCCACCUCAGUGGCUCGGCUCUGGCUGCGCCUCAGGUCAUCUUGCAGUGCGCUACCAAGGCUGCCAAACUGGCAAAUCACAUCGUCUCUACGGUCAAGCAGGCGUUGGAGGCCGACCUGAAGGCCAGAACUGAAGGUCCUGUUCCUGGUUUGGUCAAAUGCAUAAAUCUAGACAGGAUACUGUCAUCUUCCACAGACAGGAAUACAUUUCGUCUCAAAGGUUCUACCAAACCAAGGGUUAAGCAGGACGUCAAAAUGGAUGUACAAGUUUCAGAAGAAAGUGAAGAUGAAGUUCAAAUAAUAGCAGUUGCAGAGAGGACAGCUGAGCUGUUACCUUCGAAGAAUAAAGUGGAGGUGAAAAUGUUAAAGCCAUGGGAGCCUUCAGGGGCUGGGAAUCAGUGGAUAGAAGAAACGCAAGAAUCUGAAUCUGAAAAAGAAGAUGUACAAUAUAGUUCCGAUAGUGACGUAGAAGUUGUCAAGCAGAUCACCAUGGAAGACCGAGUUAUUGAUAACAUUGAACUGAGUGGGGACAGUGAAGAGGAAGACACGGUGAUUCUAAAGUCCUCUGACGUGGCCAAUGCAUAGUUUUUAUUUAUUGUUUUUUUACUGUACCAUAUUUUUAAAAUAAAGUUUCCUAGUGAAUUUAAAUA